UUAAUUUCUUACUAACCGUUUAUAAUUCUUCUGUUUUUUAUCAUAAUCGUAUUUUUUAAUAUUCAAAUCCCCUAACAACUCUUUAAUAUUAUUCCGAUAAAACAGUGUUAAGGAAACCUCAUUUUGAUUCUUCAGAAGAUUCAAAUUCUCUAAAAUUUCAUAAUCUAUCUCUACAAUAUCCCUAAUCGCAGUCUUAAUAUCUUCCAAGGCCGAUUUAAUAUAUUCAUCACCAUCACUGUCUUGAAUUCCCAACUUCAAUUUCAUAAAAUCAAUUCUUUCGUUCAACUUCCCCGCCAAUUUGUUCUGCAUAAAGAUCAUCAGAUUAAUUACAAAAAUCUUCAUUCGGUUAUUAUCAAAACUCGAAACGAAACUUCUGAUACUUUCUGGAGUAUUUUCUUUAUAUUCUUGAAUAAGUUUUCUAACCAUAAAAUCUAUACUAUAAUUCAUAAAAUGAUAUCCUACUUCUGUGAUUCCAAUUUUUAGGUUCAAAAACUUCAAUUGUUGUUGUGAUAGAUAACUUUCGUCCAAAUUUAAGAUCUUAUCCAAAGAAUUUCGCCUUUCUGGCUUGGAUUUGAUCAAUAAGUUCUCCAAUUCAAUCAUUUCACGGUAAUUUUGCAUCAACAGAUCCAAUUUUCCACGAUUUCGAGCGACGGGAAGCAAAUAAGUCGCAGUUUUGAUGAAUUCAUCGAAAUUCUCUUCUUUGGACAUUGCAUCGAUGUCACACCAAAUUAGCCACUGGUUUUUAGCGAAUUUGAUGGCGGAAUCAAUAUCUUUUAUGUCUGGCAGAAAUAUGCCAGCGUUUUUAAGCUCAGUUUCCGUUAUUGAAGCUAUAAAAGAAGGAAACUUGAAGAUAUCUUCAGAUUUUGGCUCUUUUGGUGUCUUUUUUGACGUUGUUGAAGGCUUUGACGAUGUUGAAGGCGAAGAUGUUGAAGAUGUUGAAGAUGUUGAAGAUGUUGAAGGUUUUGGAAGUGUUGAAGACUUAGAUGGUGAAGAUUCUGAAGAUGGUGAAGAUUCUGAAGAUGUUGAAGGUUUAGAGCUUGUUUCUUCAACAUUCUUAGCUUUACGAUCCCUUGAAAACUUAUCAAACCCAAAGAUUCUCAGCAAGUCAUCUUUAUCGGAACUAAUGGAGAUAGAAAACUUCUUCCCUCCAAAAGAUUGA